GCCGGGGCUCGGCGGGGACGGCGCGGACGGGGCGCUGCGGCGGCGGCUGGCGCGGGCGCGCACGGCGGCCCCGGGGCCCCGGAGAGCGGCGGCGGCGUGCGGGCUGCAGGGACCGGAUUAAAGGAUUUACCUGAAGACAAAGCAUUCUAUUCAUCAGAGACUGGACAAGAGUUACUCUUGCUUUUGGCAAUUAAAGAUGAUGUUGCCAUGGAAACAGUUGAUCCUGCUUUCAUUCAUUGGCUGCUUAGGAGGUGAGCUUCACUUACAAGGCCCUGUGUUUAUCAGAGAGCCCAGCAACAGCAUUUUCUCUGUUGGUUCAGAGGAUAAAAAAAUAACUUUAAAUUGUGAAGCAAGAGGCAGCCCUUCACCUCAUUACAGAUGGCAGCUGAAUGGAAGUGAUAUUGAUAUGAGUCUGGAACAUCGUUAUAAGUUGAGUGGAGGCAAUCUUGUGGUCAUUAACCCCAACAGAAAUAGGGAUACGGGAAGUUACCAGUGUUUCGCAACCAAUUCACUUGGAACAAUUGUCAGCAGAGAAGCUAAGCUCCAGUUUGCCUAUCUUGAGAAUUUUAAAACCAAAAUGAGAAGUACAGUGUCUGUGCGCGAAGGCCAGGGGGUCGUGCUGCUCUGCGGCCCCCCACCACACUCUGGGGAACUAUCAUAUGCUUGGAUCUUCAAUGAAUACCCAUCGUUUGUUGAGGAAGAUAGUCGGAGAUUUGUCUCUCAAGAGACAGGACACCUCUACAUAUCGAAGGUGGAGCCCUCCGAUGUGGGAAAUUAUACGUGUGUGGUGACAAGUACAGUGACCAAUGCCAGAGUGCUGGGCUCGCCCACUCCUCUGGUGCUGCGUUCUGAUGGUGUGAUGGGUGAAUAUGAACCCAAAAUAGAAGUUCAGUUUCCAGAAACUCUUCCAGCAGCUAAAGGCUCAACUGUGAAAUUGGAAUGUUUUGCUCUUGGAAAUCCCAUACCUCAGAUUAAUUGGAGAAGAAGUGAUGGACUGCCAUUUUCCAGCAAAAUCAAAUUAAGGAAGUUCAACGGGAUGCUGGAAAUCCCCAACUUCCAACAGGAAGACGCAGGUUCCUAUGAAUGCAUUGCUGAGAAUUCCCGAGGAAAAAACGUCGCCAGGGGGCGUCUCACUUACUAUGCAAAGCCUCAUUGGGUUCAGCUUAUAAAGGAUAUGGAAAUAGCUGUUGAGGACAGUCUUUACUGGGAAUGCCGAGCAAGUGGAAAGCCCAAACCAUCCUACCGGUGGUUAAAAAACGGAGAGGCCCUGGUGCUAGAGGAGAGAAUACUGAUAGAAAAUGGUGCACUUACAAUAUCAAACCUAAAUGUGAGUGAUUCUGGGAUGUUCCAGUGUAUAGCAGAAAACAAACAUGGCCUUGUCUAUUCCAGUGCUGAGCUCAAGGUCGUUGCCUCUGCUCCAGAUUUCUCAAAGAAUCCAAUGAAAAAGUUGGUUCAGGUGCAGGUGGGCAGCCUGGUUAGCUUGGACUGUAAACCCAGAGCCUCCCCAAGGGCACAGUCCUCCUGGAAGAAAGGAGAUGUGAUUGUGCGAGAGCAUGAAAGAAUUUCUUUUUUAAAAGAUGGAGGACUCAAAAUAGCCAAUGUGACUAAAGCUGAUGCGGGAACUUACACCUGCACAGCAGAAAACCAGUUCGGGAAGGCUAAUGGCACAACACACCUGGUUGUCACAGAACCAACGAAAAUAACUUUGGCUCCAUCCAACAUGGAUGUAUCUGUUGGCGAAAGCGUCAUUUUGCCCUGCCAGGUGCAACAUGACCCACUGUUAGACAUCAUGUUUACCUGGUAUUUCAAUGGGGCCCUUGCGGAUUUUAAGAAGGAAGGAUCUCACUUUGAGAAAGUUGGUGGGAGUUCAUCUGGUGAUUUAAUGAUCAGAAACAUUCAGCUGAAACACAGUGGAAAAUAUGUUUGUAUGGUGCAAACUGGAGUGGACAGUGUUUCGUCUGCCGCUGACCUCAUAGUACGAGGUUCCCCUGGACCACCAGAAAAUGUGAAGGUAGAUGAAAUUACAGAUACAACAGCCCAACUCUCUUGGAAAGAAGGUACAGACAACCAUAGCCCAGUUAUAUCCUAUUCUAUCCAGGCUAGGACACCUUUCUCCGUGGGUUGGCAAACCGUCACAACAGUGCCUGAGGUCAUCGAUGGGAAAACACACACAGCUACUGUAGUCGAGUUAAACCCAUGGGUGGAAUACGAAUUUCGGGUUGUAGCCAGUAACAAAAUUGGAGGUGGAGAACCCAGUUUACCCUCAGAAAAAGUAAGAACUGAAGAGGCAGUUCCAGACGUGCCUCCUUCUGAAGUCAAUGGAGGAGGCGGAAGCCGGUCUGAACUAGUGAUAACCUGGGAUCCAGUCCCGGAAGAACUGCAGAAUGGUGAAGGUUUUGGGUAUGUUGUUGCUUUCCGCCCUCUGGGGGUCACCACCUGGAUCCAGACAGUGGUGACAUCCCCUGAUACCCCAAGAUAUGUCUUUAGGAAUGAAAGCAUCGUGCCAUUUUCACCGUAUGAAGUUAAAGUGGGUGUUUAUAAUAACAAAGGUGAAGGACCAUUUAGCCCAGUGACAACAGUGUUCUCUGCAGAAGAAGAGCCUACAGUGGCCCCAUCUCAAGUCUUUGCAAAUAGCCUAUCUUCCUCAGAAAUUGAAGUUUCAUGGAAUACCAUUCCUUGGAAGUUGAGUAAUGGGCACUUACUUGGCUAUGAGGUGCGGUACUGGAAUAGUGGAGGAAAGGAGGAAUCCUCAAGCAAGGUCAAAGUGGCAGGAAAUGAGACAUCAGCCAGACUCCGGGGCCUGAAGAGCAACCUGGCCUAUUACACAGCUGUCCGGGCUUACAACAGUGCUGGCCCUGGUCCCUUUAGCGCCACAGUUAAUGCAACCACCAAGAAAACUCCUCCCAGUCAGCCUCCAGGAAAUGUAGUUUGGAAUGCCACAGACACUAAAGUGUUGCUUAAUUGGGAACAAGUUAAAGCCAUGGAGAAUGAAUCAGAAGUAACAGGAUAUAAAGUUUUCUAUAGGACUAGCAGUCAACACAAUGUGCAAGUACUGAGCACAAAUAAAACUUCAGCUGAGCUGUUGCUGCCGGGUAAAGAGGACUACAUUAUUGAAGUCAAAGCCACAACAGAUGGAGGGGAUGGGACAAGUAGUGAACAGAUCAGGAUCCCACGAAUCACCAAUAUAGAUGCAAGAGGAUCCACGUCAGCCAUCUCCAGUGUCCACCCCAUGUCAACUUAUAUGCCUAUAGUACUGUUCUUUAUUGUAAAUGCCCUGUGGUGAUACCCACUCCUUUUUAUUACUUAUUGGAAAGUUAAUUGGUUACCCCAAAAGAAGUGCUUUCAUGAAAUGCAGUGAUUAUGCAUGAUUUUUUCAAUUCUUUAUUUUUAACUUUCUACUUCAUUAUAGGUACAAUAUGAAUAUAAUAAAAAAAAGUUAAUCCUUUUAGAGGAAUCUGAAAUGCCUUAAUAUUAACUUGAUAUACCAAAGGAAUUUACAUAUUACAUACUUCAGACUUUUGAUAUAAAUAUUCUUAAGCUAAGAGUUUAAGCACUGCCUAUGAAUGAAGACUCACAUACUCCCGUAUGUACGCGCU